AUGGCCCAAUGGCAAUUAAGAAAGUUUCUCACAUCUGCCGGAACACCAAUAAAACACUUUGACACAAUCACUGCAAUUUGGCAAGCAAUCAAAACGCACAACUCUCCAAUCUCAGUCAUUAAAGUGUGCGCACACAUCGCUAAAAGCACAGACGAGCACGAGAAAAAUAACAACAUCGUUGACAAACUUGCAAAAAUUGCAGCCAUUAAAGGGAGUGAAUGGCAGCCAGACGAGCUGAUUGCCCCUUCUGUGAGUGCGAUACAGGUUUCUCCCAUUGACUUAAAACAAUACCAGCAAGAGUUAUGGUUGUCAGACGGAGAACUUGUACCGCAACUGCAGCAGGAUCAAUUAAUCAGCAUCAUAGAAGGUAUGGUUCUCAGAGAUGGGAAAUACAUAAUUCCAGAGGCCCUCCAGAAACCAGUGAUCAAAUUGUACCAUGAUUAUGCACAUGUAUCAGCUACCAAAACACAACAGCUGAUACAGAGAAACUUCUGGUGGCCAAAAAUGGCAUCAGACAUUGAGAGAUGGUGUGACACAUGCCUCGUAUGUGCCUCCAUCAACCAGGGUAGAACUGGAAGUACAAAAUUGUGUCGCCCAGAACCACCCAAAGGGCCAUGGGAAUUCUUACAGCUAGAUUUUAUUGGCCCAUUACCCACUGCCAAAGGGGGAUAUCGCUAUUGUCUCGUCAUAAUUGAUAAAUUUUCAAAGUGGGUGGACGCGAUUCCAACUCGCGACAACAGCGCACGAACGGUGGCACGAGUAAUGGCAAAUCAAAUCCUCCCAAUUUGGGGAACACCAACCCAGAUUGAGUCUGACCAAGGAACACACUUCACAGGUCAGGUUGGCUGCAGCAAUCCCAUGGAGACCGGACGAGAGGAAAGUUUCUGGACCCGCUUGCAUCAAGCUGGGUCAAAGGGUUUCACUCACACACACACUGGAAUGCGGGAGAUGGGUAUGGAAAUACACAAAGAGGUCAUCCACAUUUUUCACCCUAUUAAUCACUGUGAUAAAAAUGACAAGACAUAUGCAUGGCUACAGUCACGAAUCGAUGAUUUAAUUUCUGAUUACAAAAACAGACUUGCCGUGCAAAUCUCACCUGCACGCUCGAAACGAGACCUGCUCGGAAACAUAGCGGGUCUCUUCGGCUCAAUUAAUUCCAUUGCCAACAACUACAAAAUAACCAAACAAUCACAAUACUCAACAUGGUUGGCAAACCAGGUGGCCACUGGUUUUCAGCAUAUCACAAAUAGCAAUGAAAAUAUCAUAAAAGCGGUUCGAUCCGAAGCGCAGGCGCUUCUUGCGAUCAGACACAUACUAUUCAAUCAGACCCGUACCAUCGAACGUGACUUAGCCUGUAGGACAUAUGCACAAGAUCUAUUCACUGCUGCUAGACAAGAAAUCCUUGACCUUCGUCUGUACAAGACACCUAGGCAUGUUUUGAAUGACCUUAUAGAGAUCUUAGAUCUACAUAGGUGGUAUGAAUCAGAAAAUAUGAAAAAUGUAAGAUAUUCUGAAUUACUAUCCACCAUAAUGAUGUUUACAGGAAAUGAAUGUAAUGGAUGUAUUGGGUUUUUCGUCAGUUUUCCUUUAAUACACCCAGAUCAGGUUUUUCCAAAUUCCACUACCAUACGCUCUAUGGGCGUGGUAGUGAAGGAUCAGGUAAUUAAAUGGGAUCACCUCACUGGAUACAUGACACAAAAGGGUACUGAGACCUUGUUUACCAGUCGCACAUGUUGCCAUGAAACGCACAAUUAUGUUAUCUGUACAUGUAACACUUUGCAACCUUUCUCCCCCAAUGACACCAAACUUAUAAACGUUCAGUCACUGCAUGGUUACUAUGAUGUUAUCCAGGUGUCACAUUCACAGUGGUGUGUGGUCAGUGAGAUGAACUCUUUUACCUACGGAGGACUGGCCUGCUCUGCUAAUCACUCGUUUUGCUUGGCAGUGACAGAGGACUUUUCGAUGGGUCAAGUCAAUAUUUUAGGAAGAGUGCCACUGGACACAGAGACUUCACCAUGGUGGGAUGACACUUUCUAUGAACAAGGUACCCAAGCUGCGGUUGACACGAUGGAGCUAACACAGAGACUGAUCUUGCAAACUGAAUACCACCUCAACCAAGCGCAGGUUGAGAUCAACCUGGCACGAAAGACUGCACAACUGUUAUCCAGUUCAUCCACUCGGUCGGCACAGUACACAUACACCUGGUGGGACUGGGUGUUCCGGGGGUGUGCCAUUGGCAGUGCCCUGAUCUUCACCUUCACUAUGGUCCAGUGCUGCUAUUUCAGACACCUCAUCAGAUCUACACAGGAAUCCACACACGCUGCCCUUGCCCUCAGCCCGCUGCAGAUACCUGUGUUCCAAAGACUAAAAAAAAACAAAAAAAAAAACAACUUUGCUUUGUCUGACCCCGCAGGACCCACGGCAGGAGACCAAGACCCCCAAAACACUUCUCUCGAGAAUCAGAACUUUGUCUUGAAUAACAGUAGACCCCCCGGAGAGCUACCCUUCAUUGUCAAACAUCACAUCUCCAUACAAAUGGUUGAUCUGCAGACAGAUAGAUACCCUUGA